CCCCGCAGCCCCAGGCCGCGGCUGCUCUGCGCAUGUCCACCCAGCCGAGCGCUUCUGAGGCCGUCUCCGUCCGGAAACAAACUUUCCCCUGCAGGAUGGCACGACCCUGUGCGUCCCCGGAGCCGGUCAGAAACAGUUUGAUAGAUGAUGCUAAGGCCCGCUUAAAAAAGCAUGAUGUUGGGACCAAAUAUUCUCACUUGUCGUCCAACAAAUAUUCUGUCCUUUUACCAUUGUUGGCAAAAGAAGGAAAACUCCACCUGUUGUUCACCCUCCGGUCAGAGAAGCUAAGAAGGUCACCUGGAGAAGUUUGCUUCCCUGGAGGCAAGUCUGAACCAGCAGAUGUGGAUGAUGUGGCUACAGCUCUCCGGGAAGCCCAGGAGGAAGUAGGGCUGCAUCCUCACCAAGUGGAGGUUGUCUGCUGCCUGCUGCCAUAUCUGCUUGACAGUGAUACAUUGAUAACCCCAGUUGUAGGAUUUAUAGACCACAACUUCCAGGCCCAGCCUAAUCCCGCUGAAGUUAAAAGUGUGUUCCUGGUGCCUCUGGAAUAUUUCCUGCAUCCACAUGUCUACCACCAGCGUUACCUGACACAUUAUGGUCAUCAUGUUAUUAUUCAUUGCUUUGAGUACACAGACCCUGGAGAUGGUGUCACUUACCAGAUCAAGGGAAUAACUGCAAAACUUGCCCUGUUCCUUGCCUUAAUUAUUUUGGGGGAAAAUCCCAUUUUUGAAAUGGAGUUUAAUCUCAAUGAUCUGAUUUCAUCCUCUGAAGAGAUCUUCCUGAAACUAAAUAAGCAUGCUACAAGCAAGUUAUGAUUUAUGAGACCACCAUCCAAAUAGCUAAGA